AUGAAGUUGUUAGAGAAGAUGAUGUCAAUUACAGAUCCAAUUACAGACUUGGUGCUCUCAAGUGUCAAGGCUUUGUUCCCGCCACCAUUCCGAGCUGUGUUGGGUCGUUUUUCGUUUUUCAAUGUGGGCCACAGAGGUACAGCUUCGUCCGGACCUCCCAUUGAUUCCGACCGCAUCCAUAGCUAUAAAUAUGAUGUGUUUAUUAGUUUCAGUGGUGCUGACACCCGCAACACUUUUGUUGAUCAUCUUUAUGCUCAUUUAACUAGAAAGGGUAUUUUUGUCUUCAAGGAUGAUAUAAGGCUACAGAACGGAGAGUCCCUUUCGCCACAACUUAUAGAUGCAAUUGCAAACUCACGAGUUUCUAUUGUUGUCUUUUCUCCAAAUUAUGCCGAGUCAACAUGGUGUUUGGAAGAAAUGGCUACUAUUGCUGAAUGUCGUAAAUAUUUGAAACAAACUGUGUUCCCUGUUUUUUAUGAUAUCAAUCCAUCUCAUGUACGAAAACAGAAUGGGGUGUACCAGAAUGCCUUUGUUUUACACAUGGAGAAUUUUAUAAAUGAUCGGAAUAAGGUUGUGAGAUGGAAGAGAGCUAUGGUCGAUUUAGCUGACAUAGUUGGUUGGGAUGUUAGGAACAAGCCAGAGUUUCGAGCAAUUAAAGAUAUUGUUCAGGAAGUGAUAAAAAAAUUGGGUCAUAAAUUCUCAGGGUUUACUGAUGACCUUAUUGGGAUACAACCUCGAGUAGAAGCAUUACAAAGUCUUUUGAAAUUAAGCUCAAAGGAUGAUGAAUUCCGCGUUGUAGGUAUUUGGGGGAUGGCUGGAAUCGGAAAGACAACUCUCGCUUCUGUCUUGUAUGAUAGAAUCUCCUAUCAGUUUGAUGCAUGUUGUUUUAUUGAGAAUGUAAGCAAAAUUUAUAAAGAUGGUGGUGCUACUGCUGUACAGAUACAAAUCCUUCGGCAAACCAUAGAUGAAAUAAAUCUAGAGACAUACAGCCCUUCUGAAAUAUCUGGAAUUAUAAGUAAUCGACUAUGCAGAAGAAAGAUUCUUUUAGUUCUUGACAAUGCUGAUCUAUUAGAGCAACUGGAAGAUUUGGCUAUAAAUCCCGAGUUGCUUGGGACAGGAAGCAGAAUGAUCAUUACAACUAGGGAUAUGCAUAUUCUAAGGGUGUUUACAGCACAGUUAUCAGUCUCUCACGAUACACGCCUGUCGUAUGGUGUGUAUGAGGUUCCACUGUUAAAUAACAAAGAUGCUUGCGAAUUAUUUUACAGAAAAGCUUUUAAAGGUAAGACUCCCACUAGCGAAUGUGUGGAGCUGACUUCAGAGGUGCUAAACUAUACUCAAGGUCUGCCAAUAGCAGUUCGAGUUGUGGGUUCUUUCUUAUGUACUCGAAAUGCUAGCCAAUGGAAAGAUGCCUUGGAUAGAUUGAGGAGUAAUCCAGACAAAAAAAUUAUGGAUGUGCUUCUGGUAGGUUUUGAGGGAUUACAUUACGAGGAAAAAGAAAUAUUUCUGCAUAUUUCUUGUUUCUUUAAGAGAGAGAAGGAAGAUUAUGUGAAGCGAAUUUUAGAUGCUUGUGAUUUGCACCCUGUCAUUGGAAUUCAAAGUUUAGUAGAGAGGUCAUUCAUAACUAUUAGAAAUCAGGAAAUUCAUAUGCAUGAUAUGUUGCAAGAAUUGGGGAAGAAAAUUGUUCGACAACAGUUUCCUGACGAACCAGGAUCGCGGAGUAGAUUGUGGCUUUAUGAGGAUUUCUACAAUGUCAUGAUGACAGAAACGGGAACAAACAACGUUAAAGCCAUAAUUCUAGAUCAAAAGGGGCAUAAUUCUGAAUAUCCUCUGUUGAGGGCUGAAGGAUUAUCAAUAAUGAGGGGACUUAAAAUUCUUAUAUUACAUCAUAAGAAAUUUUCAGGAAGUCUGGAUUUUCUUUCUAACAGCUUGCAGUAUCUUCUGUGGUACGGUUACCCUUUUGCUUCUUUGCCAUUAAAUUUUGAGCCGUUUCGACUUGUCGAAUUGAAUAUGCCUUGUAGUCUCAUCCAACGACUAUGGGACGGUCACAAGGAUCUCCCUUGUUUGAAAAGGGUGGAUCUGAGCAACUCUAAAUGUCUUGUGGAGACACCAAAUUUUGCAGGAAGCCGGAGCCUUGAGCGGCUAGAUCUUACAGGAUGCAUAAGCCUAUCGUAUGUCCAUCCAUCCAUUGGACUUCUGGAAAAACUUGUUUUCUUGAGUUUGGAAGGUUGCAGCAGUCUGGCCAGGCUCGUUCUUGAUGGUGACACUGCAUUGUACUUACAUUCUCUCAAAGUUUUGCACCUGUCUGGCUGCACAAAACUUGAAACCACGCCCGAUUUUACCGAGAUGUCAAAUCUUGAGUAUCUUGAUAUUGAUCAAAGUGUGAGUUUAUUGACGAUUGAUCAAUCGAUUGGGGAUCUUACACAUCUUAAGUUCUUGAGUUUAAGAGACUGCACGAAUCUUGUCAGUAUGCCCAAAAGCAUUAGUUCUAUAAUACCAUCUCUUGUGACUUUAGACUUAUGUGGCUGCUUAAAAUUAAAGAGUCUACCCUUGGAGAAAAACAUAUCACUGCCUGGAGAAAUUAUUGACCACUUUGAUGAGGUUAUGGUAUCUUUGAUUUUUUUGGACCUAAGCUUUUGCAGUCUUAGUACAGUCCCUGAUGCUAUUGCAGAGUUAAGGCAUUUAGAAAGGCUAAACCUUGAAGGAAAUAACUUCAAAUCACUACCAUCUUCAAUGGGGAGGCUUUCCAGACUAGCACAUUUAAAUUUGGCGCAUUGCAGCAUGCUUCAAUCUUUGCCUGAGCUCGAAUUGUGUGCUACUUCUUCAUCUGGGGGAAACUAUUUUAAAUUGUUGUCUGGAUCUCAUAAUCAUAGGUCGGGAUUAUAUAUUUUCAAUUCUCCCCUCUUGGAGAACCCGGAAGGAAGUGUUAACUUGGCACUUUCGUGGCUGAUAAAAUUAGUUGAGAAACCUUGUCACUUCCGAUGUGGUCUAGACAUUGUUGUUCCUGGAUACCCAUUUCCGCGGUGGUUUUCUCAUCAAUUUAAGGGAAUUUCAACAGUUAGGAUAGCAGGCUAUGCGGAUGUGUUUGACAAUUGGAUUGGCUUUGCUUUUGGUGUGGCAUUUGUGGAAAAUUGUCGCCCAGCAACAUCUGGUUCUUCUCAUUGUUCAUUAUCGUCACAGCUUCCAUAUCCUCUUUAUCUCUCUUUUGAAAGUGAACAAACGGAAGAAACCUUUGAUAUGCCGCUUCGGUUAGACCUGAACAAGGUUGAUGGCUCAAAUACAGAACACAUCUGGCUAAUCUAUAUCUCUAGGCCACACUGCCAUUUUGUAACAACAGGAGCACGUAUCACUUUUAAAGCUCACCCAGACGUGGAGUUGAAAACAUGGGGAUUACGCAUGGUAUUCAAGCACGAUAUCUCUAAUUCAUUCGAGUUGGGGACAAAUGAGAUUCAUCAACAAGGAGGUUAUCUUCACUUGGAUUAUGUAUAUGAAAGUAGCAGCAGAAGGAGUCCUGAAGUCCAGCUUCCUUAUAACUGGAAUGUUACCAAGGAAGAGCGUGUUACCGAGGAAGAGUCUAAAAUGCAGCUUCGCUAUAACUGGCAUGUUACCGAGGAAGAUGAAAACGAGAAUAGGGAAGUGAAUGUGAAACAAAAUCAUCUCUUGAAUAUGGGCCUUUAA